UUCAGUUUUGCCCCCAAAUCUUUUUUUUUUUUAAUAAGAAGCUGUAGAGACGAAGACGACGACGAAGACGAAGAAGAAGACAUUUAUUUUCUCAAUCCAAUGGCUCAAGCGGCAAGGUUAAGCAUGCGAAUGCACAAAGAGCUAAAGCUUCUCCUCUCCGAUCCACCACACGGCGCUUCGUUUCCACAUCUCUCUUCCGCCGCCGCUGGCUCCGGCGAUCUCUCUAAUUUCUCCACCAUCGAUGCUCAAAUCGAAGGUCCUGAAGAUACAGUAUAUGCUAAUGGAAUCUUCAACGUGAAGAUUCAAAUCCCUGAGAGAUAUCCAUUUCAGCCACCAAUUGUGGCCUUUGCUACUCCGAUUUAUCACCCUAACAUCGAUAACAGUGGCCGGAUUUGCCUUGACAUCCUAAAUCUCCCUCCCAAGGGUGCUUGGCAACCAUCCUUGAAUAUCUCAACAGUUUUGACUAGCAUAAGGUUGCUGCUUGGUGAACCGAAUCCGGAUGAUGGUUUGAUGUGUGAAGUAAGUAGGGAGUAUAAAUACAAUAGACAAACUUUUGAUUAUAAGGCAAGAGAGAUGACUGAUAAGUAUGCUAAGGUUAAGACUGAUGGAUGCAGCACCAGCUUCCAAGUUAAGAAUCAUGGAGAUGAGAAGGCUUGUGAAAUUGGAAAUAGUGUUUUUGCUGGUAAUGACGAUGGGAUUAAGCUGAAGUUGACGGCGGAAUCCUCCUUAGGUAUAGCACAUACAGUGAGUUGUGACACUGAAUCGAAAGAUCGACGAGAGGAUGGAAAUGGGAAAAGAAAAGCAGUGAUUGGUUUCGGUGAGGCAAACACAUUUGGUGAUGAUGGGAUAAAAACGAGCAGGAAGAAGUUAUCUCUUGCCUUGCCUCCUCAAUCUCAAAAGAAAGACUUGUGUGGUGAAGAAGAGCUCACAAAUGGAGUUUCAGCUGCUUAUAAAGAAAACAAGAAACCAAAUUCAAAUGGAAAGAAGCUUUCUCUGGGUGUUGUGAAGCAGCCAUGUAAGGAUACCUUGACGAGUUUGCAAACUUCUGCUGGAAAGAGUGACAACAAUAGACUAAGCCGAAAACUGUCAUUGAAACCACUUGCAGAGUUGAGUGAAGUUAGCAAAACCAAGGUAGUACUUGCGCACACUGAAACGGAACUGGAAAUGAAUCAAAAUGAAAAUGCAAGAAGUCGGCGAGGUGAGUUUGAGAACUCGGUCUUGGAAGAAACAGCAGUACUUGAAUCCAUUGUUGUUCUAGACAGUGAUGAUAGUGGAGAAGAAGAAAACAGUCUCUUCAAGGUCACGGUUAUCACAGGCAAGAGGAAGAAGAGGCCUCCAGUGUAGACCUUAAAAAGUAACGAAAACUGUUUUGUUGUUUUUUUAUGGGUGGAAUCAAAGCUUUCAGAUUAAUUUUUUCUUAAGCUUAUGGUUAUUACUUAUUAGUCUUGAAAUGUAAAUGGGAAUCUUGUUCUGUCUUUGAUAAAGUCUUUGAUAAACUC